AUGGGCUACUCGCUCAUCUACCAAGGCGGCAUCGACCGCCAACUCCGUGAAGCGCUCGCGACCAUCUACCGAGCGUCCGUGCCAUCGCUGUCGUUCGUGGCGCCCCAUGUGAUCGCUCACCGCCACCGCAUCAACGUGCAUCAAGCUGAAGGUCGACGCAUUCGGCUUGGCGUCGUCUCGGCGUUUCUGUACGGCCAUACCGUCGGCUUGCUUCUUCAAGGCGUCUUGACCCAACUGGACCGUGCGACGUUCGAGAUCUACCUCCUUCGCACCUCGCGUGGCGAGGACGAUGUGACGCAGCACCUGCGGUCGCGCGCCGACCACGACAUUCUGUUGCCGUCCAGCGUCGUGGCAGCGCAGCACACCAUCGCUGCGCUGGCACUGGACAUCAUCCUCUUCUCCGAGAUUGGCAUGGACCCAGCGACGUACUUUCUCGCGUUUGCGCAGCUCGCGUUGCGCAGCGCCGUGUUUUGGGGCCACGCCGUCACGUCUGGUAUUUCGACCGUCGACUAUGCUAUCACGUCCCCGCUCUUUGGCUCGCAUCAGACCAUACUCACCGAGUAGAUGUGUAGGAGCACUACACGGAGCGUCUGUAUCAAAUGCAAGGGCUCACGACGGCCU